AUGCAACAAGAUGGCGAGGGCACGCCAUCGUCCAAGUACCCCAAAACCAAUGCAUCCUUAUCUAUUGACCGUCUAUCAAAGCCUUUCAAGUGUCCCGGCUCUGCUACGCCCACAAGGACAUCGGAGAAACCGGCAAGGAAGCGAAGAAAAGUGAACUAUGCCGGGGCGGAUGGAAGUGUCCAAGACGAUAGCACGAAGCCGUACACCAACGAAGACCGACUUGCUCUCGCAACUAGGGACGUGAACAGGUUUCCCGUAUUUAAGGCUAAAGAUAAGGAGACGGCAUUUAAACAAAAGUUCAGGAUACCGUUAAUCAAUAAAUCACAGAGCAAUUUUGAUGCAGGCAGGCCGGCACCGACUUUGGGCAUGAGACAGGGGGCGACGUUUGUUGUGAAACCUCUGCACGAUCCCAGUGGAGAGUUUGCGAUAGUAUUGUAUGAUCCGACUGUUGAUGAUAUUGACCCAGUCGAUGAGCUGAAAAAAAAAGAAGAGGAUCAGCCUGAAGAAACGAAACAGAAAUUGGAUGAGCCAUUGGUACACAAGAGUUUGGCAGAUAUCCUUGGGCUUAAGAAGAAGGUUGAAUCCCGCCCGAGAGUUCCGGUAGUGAUUGAUCCGAGACUGGCAAAGGUCUUACGACCUCAUCAAAUUGAAGGCGUUAAGUUCCUUUAUCGUUGCACCACUGGAGUUGUCGAUAAGAACGCACAUGGCUGUAUCAUGGCAGAUGGGAUGGGAUUAGGCAAGACGCUUCAAUGUAUUUCGUUAAUGUGGACCCUUCUCAAGCAAUCCCCAGAAGCAGGAAAGACCACUAUUCAAAAAUGUAUCAUUGCUUGCCCGUCGAGCUUGGUAGGGAACUGGGCCAAUGAGAUAGGGAAAUGGUUGGGGAAGGAUGCCACCACGCCAUUUGCAGUUGACGGCAAGGCUUCUAAGACAGAGCUUACUUCUCAAAUCAAGCAAUGGGCCAUUGCUUCCGGUCGUUCUGUUGUGCGGCCCGUGCUCAUCGUGUCCUAUGAAACGCUCCGUUUAUACGUUGAAGCAUUGAAAGACAGCCCGAUUGGGCUACUUCUAUGCGACGAAGGUCAUCGGCUCAAGAACAAAGACAGUCUGACCUGGACUGCGCUCAACAGCUUGAACGUGCAACGCCGCGUUAUUCUGUCUGGAACCCCCAUCCAGAACGACCUUUCAGAGUACUUUGCUCUCCUUAAUUUCGCCAACCCGGACUUGCUGGGGUCACAAAAUGAAUUUCGGAAAAGAUUUGAAUUGCCUAUUCUUCGAGGAAGAGAUGCAGCAGGAACAGAAGAGGACAGAAAAAAAGGCGACGAGCGGCUGGCAGAGCUUUCCGGUAUUGUCAACAAAUUUAUCAUCCGCCGCACAAAUGACAUACUGUCGAAAUAUCUGCCAGUCAAGUACGAGCAUGUCGUUUUCUGCAACCUAUCACCGUUCCAACUCGACUUAUACAACCACUUCAUCCAGAGCCCGGAGAUUAGAAGCUUGCUCAGGGGCAAAGGAAGCCAGCCUUUGAAGGCAAUUGGGCUGUUGAAAAAGCUUUGCAACCAUCCGGACCUACUGAAUCUUUCCAGUGACCUUCCAGGCUGCGAGUUCACAUUUCCAGAUGACUACGUUUCACCUGAAGCAAGAGGGCGUGAUCGAGAUAUUAAAUCCUGGUAUUCAGGGAAGAUGAUGGUUUUGGACAGGAUGCUUGCACGCAUACGCCAGGACACCAACGACAAAAUUGUCCUCAUUAGUAACUACACUCAAACACUCGAUUUAUUCGAGAAGCUCUGCAGGUCCAGAGGGUACGGCUCAUUAAGAUUAGAUGGUACCAUGACUGUGAACAAACGGCAGAAACUUGUCGACAAAUUCAACAAUCCAGAUGGGGAAGAGUUUGUCUUCCUCCUCAGCAGCAAGGCUGGUGGAUGUGGCCUAAAUCUGAUAGGUGCAAACCGCCUCGUUCUCUUCGAUCCCGAUUGGAACCCGGCUGCAGACCAACAGGCUUUGGCACGAGUUUGGCGAGACGGUCAGAAGAAAGACUGUUUUGUUUAUCGAUUCAUCGCAACCGGAUCAAUUGAGGAGAAGAUAUUUCAACGCCAGUCGCACAAACAAUCUCUUUCGUCCUGUGUCGUCGAUUCGGCCGAAGACGUGGAACGACACUUUUCUUUGGAGUCCCUUCGUGAAUUAUUCCAGUUUAAACCGGAGACUCGGAGUGACACGCAUGACACUUUCAAAUGCAAGCGGUGCAAGCCAGAUGGAACGCAGUAUAUAAAGGCACCUGCUAUGCUUUACGGUGACACUAGUUCUUGGAACCACUUUGUGAAUGAUGGCGAGAAGGGUCAACUAAGCAAGAUCCAGGAUUUGCUCAUACGACAGGAGACAGGAGAACAAGAUGUCUCUGCGGUUUUCCAAUACAUCAGCCAUUAA